UGACGUCAUCAGAGUGCGCCGGAGGGCCUCGUAUCUUUUUCGUUCUGGUGUGGGGCGCAGAACGGUGAGAGGCGAAUCGAGAGGAAAACUCAAGGUUGACCCACACCAAAUGGGGGAUGAAAAAGACACCUGGAAAGUGAAAACACUGGAUGAAAUUUUGCAAGAAAAGAAAAGGAGGAAGGAGCAAGAAGAAAAAUCUGAGUCGAAGCAUCCAAAAAAUGCUGAUGAUCGUGAUUCCAAAAGAGAUUCCUUGGAAGAAGGGGAGUUGAGAGAUCACAAAAUGGAGAUUACUAUUAGGAAUUCCCCUUACAGACGCGAAGAUUCAAUGGAGGACAGAGGUGAAGAAGAUGACUCCUUGGCUAUUAAACCUCCACAACAAGUUUCUCGAAAAGAAAAAUCUCACCAUAGAAAAGAUGAGAAGAGGAAAGAGAAACGCAGACACCGCAGCCAUUCUGCCGAAGGGACAGGUAAAUACAUCCGGGUGAAGGAGAAGGACCGAGACCAUGAAAGGCGAAAAAGACACAGAGAAGAACAAGAUAAAGUCCGUCGUGAUCGGGAGAGACAAAAGCGGAGGGAGCUGGCCAGGGAGCAUUCUAGAAGGGAACGCCAAAUCCAGAAGCGGACCCAGCAGGAAGGAGAAUUUGACCGUCUGGAACAACUGGAACGUAAUCGUGAGCGGGAAAGGAAAGUCAGGGAACAGCAGAAAGAGCAGAGGGAACUGAAAGAACGUCAGAGGAGAGCAGAGGAGAGACGUAAAGGGCGGGAGUCCAGGAGAGAAGGGCUCGCAGGAUCUGCGCUUCCUGAGCGCAGGAAGCCAGGGCUCUUGCAAGACACUGAGAAAAUGCACUACAGUGCAGAUUCAAGAAUACUUGUAGAAUUUAGCACUCAAAUAGCUGCUCAUCAUAGAACCGCAAGAGAGGAGCAUGGCGAUAAAAAUAAACCGAAUUACCGAAGUCGCAGUCCCAUCCGUCAGCAACGGGAAAGGGCUGAAGCAGGAGACACGAGGAAACAAGGGAAAGAGGAAAGAUCAGAUGUGAGGGAUCUUCUGUCUGACCUGCAAGAUAUCAGCGACAGCGAGCGGAAAACAAGUUCUGCAGAUUCCUCCACAGCAGGCUCUGCGUCUGGGUCAGAGGAGGAAGAGGAGACCAGCUCUGAGGUAUCGGAGGAAGCUGAGGAAGAGGAGGAGGAGGAAGAAGAGGAGGAAGAUGAGGACGAGACUGGAAGCAAUUCAGAGGCUGCAUCAGAACAGACUGCAGAGGAGGUCAGUGAUGAAGAGAUGAGUGAGGAAGAGGAAAGGGAGAACGGGAAUCACGUUCCUAUUGUUACAGAGUCCAGAUUUGAUCACGAUUCUGCUGAAAGUGAGGAGGAAGAAGAAGAGGAAGAAGAAAUUAGAAACGCUAGCCCACAUUCAAAUGCUCAGACGGAUGGUGACUAUGUCCCUGAUUCUCCGGUCAUAUCACCUGUUGAGUUGAAACAGGAAUUGCCUAAAUAUCUUCCGGCACUCCAGGGCUGCCGCAGUGUGGAGGAGUUUCAGUGCCUGAAUCGGAUCGAGGAAGGAACCUAUGGAGUUGUGUACAGAGCAAAGGACAAAAAGACAGAUGAAAUUGUUGCUCUUAAGAGGUUAAAAAUGGAAAAAGAGAAGGAAGGAUUCCCUAUAACAUCCCUUCGAGAGAUCAACACCAUAUUGAAAGCCCAGCAUGACAAUAUUGUCAGGGUCCGGGAAAUUGUUGUUGGGAGUAAUAUGGACAAAAUUUACAUUGUAAUGAACUAUGUGGAGCACGAUUUGAAGAGCCUAAUGGAGACCAUGAAACAACCUUUCCUACCUGGUGAAGUGAAGACACUAAUGAUUCAGCUUUUAAGGGGUGUCCGUCACCUGCAUGACAACUGGAUUCUGCACAGGGACCUGAAGACCUCCAAUUUACUGCUCAGUCAUGCUGGUAUAUUAAAGGUUGGAGAUUUUGGCUUAGCCCGUGAAUAUGGCUCUCCUUUAAAGCCUUAUACUCCCAUUGUGGUCACCUUGUGGUAUCGAGCUCCAGAACUUCUGCUUGGCGCUAAGGAAUACUCCACAGCCAUAGACAUGUGGUCCGUGGGCUGUAUAUUUGGAGAACUUCUGACACAAAAGCCUCUCUUUCCAGGAAAAUCUGAGAUUGAUCAAAUCAACAAGAUAUUUAAGGAUCUUGGAACCCCAAGUGAGAAGAUAUGGCCCGGUUACAAUGAGCUUCCAGCAGUGAAGAAAAUGACCUUUUCUGAAUAUCCUUACAACAACCUCCGGAAGAGAUUUGGAGCUCUGCUCUCAGACCAAGGAUUUGACCUCAUGAACAAGUUCCUGACCUACUGCCCCGCAAAAAGAAUUACUGCAGAAGACGGCUUAAAACAUGAAUAUUUCUGUGAGACUCCUCUGCCAAUUGACCCAUCCAUGUUCCCUACCUGGCCAGCAAAAAGUGAACAGCAGAGAGUGAAACGUGGCACAAGCCCUCGCCCCCCAGAAGGGGGACUCGGUUACGCUCAGCUGGGGGAUGAUGACCUCAAGGAAACUGGGUUUCACCUAACCACCACUAAUCAGGGGGCCUCUGCCGCAGGGCCUGGCUUCAGCCUCAAGUUCUAAGUGUGCUGGAUAAGAAAGUGACUUUAUUUUCUGAUUUGAGAACAUAAUAUUGAGGACUUAGGAUUCAAGCCCCAGCAAACACCCCUGUACGAUAUCAGAUGUGUCUACUACCACAUCACACCAUGAAUGUUUGCUUCAUUCCAGAGGAGGACCUUGAGACCUGACCAGGGACUGACGUCUUUGACGUAUUUAUUUUUCACUCUUGUACAUUUGUAGAAUUAAAAUGCAAUUUUUAA